UGAAUGUGAUUAGAUUUUAAUCGUCAUCAAAUAACUUUUUUCUUUAACAAAAAAAAUAAAAUCACAUUUAUACUAUUGACUAGAUCCAGCGGCUAUAGAUAAAUGCGGUGGCAUAUCGGAGGGUAAAAAAAGAUUGGUGUGGUCCUAUAUAUUCAAGAGUGGACUGUGUAUCAAGAGAAGAGUCUAAAGAACACAAAGAAAUUAAAGGAGAAAAUAUACCAAGAUGGAUACUCGUAGGGAUGAUGCAACAAAACCCAUGACGAUGUGGUUUUCGGGGAUGCUGUUGUUUUCCAUGGUGGCCGAGUCAAAUGCCCAACUGUCAGAGAAUUACUACGCCUCGACUUGUCCUAACGUCGAGCUCAUCGUUAAGCAGGCGGUUACUACAAAAUUCCAACAAACUCCUACGACGGCUCCGGCAACGUUACGGAUGUUCUUUCACGACUGCUUCGUCGAGGGAUGUGAUGCGUCUGUGUUUAUAGCAUCUGACAAUGAAGACGCAGAGAAAGACGCGCCGGACAAUAAAUCUCUCCCCGGAGACGGAUUUGACACUGUGAUUAAAGCUAAAACCGCUGUAGAAUCUCAAUGUCCCGGCGUUGUGUCAUGUGCCGAUAUUCUAGCUCUCGCCGCCAGAGACGUUGUCGUCAUCGUUGGAGGGCCAGAGUUUAAGGUGGAGCUAGGUAGACGAGACGGGCUCGUGUCGCAAGCAUCUAGAGUGACCGGGAAGUUACCUGAACCAGGGCUUGACGUGAGAGGUCUAGUCCAGAUCUUUGCUAGUAACGGGCUUUCAUUGACCGACAUGAUUGCUCUCUCAGGCGCACAUACCAUUGGAUCCUCUCACUGCAACCGUUUCGCCAACCGUCUCCACAACUUCUCGACGUUCCUGCCCUUGGACCCUACGAUCGACCCGGCCUACGCACAGCAGCUGACAAAAGACUGCUCUAACCCCGAUCCUGACUUCGUCGUGCCCCUGGACCCAACCACCACAGAUACCUUCGACAAUAGCUAUUUCCAGAACCUAGUGGCUCGAAGAGGCCUUCUCACCUCCGAUCAAGCUCUGUUUAACGAUCUCUCGUCUCAGUCCACGGUGAUGAGGUUUGCUAACAACGCCGAAGAAUUCUACGGUGCUUUUAGCUCUGCUAUGAGGAAUCUUGGUCGCGUUGGUGUUAAGGUUGGGAGCGAAGGAGAGAUUCGAAGGGACUGCUCUGCUUUUAACUAGCUUUAUUGAAGAGAUUCUUAAAACAUAAAACAUAUAAAUUCUGAAGCUUUUGAUAUAUUUCAUAAUCCACAAUGGAACUUCUCGAAUUGUAGUGUUUAAGCUAUU